UUGUCGUUUAGAUAACAGGAAGGAACAAACACCAUUGGGCUUCUGUGAAAACGCGCACCGUUUUCAGUUCCCGACCACCUUAACCUGUGAAAAAGUCACAAACUUUUACGAACCCUUAAACCCUUUCAAACUGAAAAUCUCAGUGACACCAAAGUUUAAUCACUUUGUAGUUUGUACAGUGAAACAGUGUAUCAACCAAAGUGAGUGAGAGAGAAUAUCAAAAAGAGAAGAAGCAGUCAGCAACAAAAUGCAGAUUCUUGUAAGAAAACUAAUGCAGAGAAUCUCUCACAAACAAGCUACAGGUUGUCGUGCAUAUUGUACGAAGAUGGUUGCUGAUAUUGGACAGCCGACUCAUGCAUCUCAUCCUCAGUUACUGAAAGAAGGGGAGAUGACACCUGGAAUAACUACCGAGGAAUACAUCUCAAGGAGAAAUAGGUUGUUGGAUCUUCUUCCAAAAAAUAGUCUGGCCAUAAUUGCAGCUGCCCCUGUAAAGAUGAUGACAGAUGUUGUGCCUUACACAUUUCGACAAGAUGCUGAUUAUUUGUAUAUUACUGGCUGCCAACAACCUGGUGGCGUGGCAGUUUUAGGUCAUAACUGUGGUUUAUGCAUGUUCAUGCCAGAAGCAGACUCUCAUGAUGUUAUUUGGCAAGGGCAAAUUGCUGGAGUUGAUGCAGCAUUAGAAAUUUUCCGUGCUAAGAAGGCAUAUCCAAUGCGCGAAUUACAUAAGUACCUUCCAGAUUUGAUAUACGGACGCUCCAAAUUGUUCCACAACAGGCAGACAGCCAUACCAACAUAUAUGAAAUUGGAGUACUUUCAAGAGCUUGCUAAGAAUGGCAAAGUGACAGACAUACCAACAUAUAUGAAAUUGGAGUACUUUCAAAACCUUGCUAAGAAUGGCAAAGUGGGAGACCUGUCUACUUUGACUCAUGAGUUACGUUGGAUAAAGUCACCAGCAGAGCUCAAGUUAAUGAAAGAAUCUGCAUCAAUUGCUUGCCAGGCACUUCUGCAGACGAUGUUUCACUCCAAGACAUAUCCUUAUGAAGGCAUGCUGUCAGCAAAGGUUGAAUAUGAAUGCCGAAUGAGAGGUGCUCAAAGAAUGGCAUUCAACCCUGUCGUUGGUGGUGGGCCAAAUGCUAGUGUUAUACAUUAUUCUCGAAAUGAUCAGAAGAUUAAAGAUGGGGAACUUGUUUUGAUGGAUGUUGGAUGUGAGUUGCAUGGUUAUGCCAGUGACCUUACUCGUACCUGGCCACCCUGUGGAAGAUUUUCUUCUGCUCAAGAAGAACUUUAUGAUCUUAUACUAGAAACAAACAAGGAAUGCCUGAAGCUUUGCAAACCUGGUGCUACCAUAAGUCAAAUACACAAUUAUUCGGCGGAAAUGCUGCGCAAAGGAUUCAAGGAGAUUGGAAUUUUAAAAGAUGAGGGAAACAGUUUAUACAAUAUGCUGAACCCCACUUCUAUAGGUCACAAUCUAGGAAUGGAUGUUCAUGAUUCUUCCAUGAUCAGCUAUAGCCGGCCCUUGGAGCCAGGUGCUGUGAUAACAAUUGAACCAGGAGUCUACAUCUCAUCUUUUUUGGAUGUUCCAGAGAGGUAUCGAGGCAUUGGGAUAAGGAUUGAGGAUGAGGUCCUCAUUACAGACACUGGUCAUGAGGUCCUCACCGGGUCAAUGCCAAAAGAAGUUAAACACAUUGAAUCAUUGCUAAACAACUUCCACCCUGGAAUGGGGAUGGAGAGCCAUAACAAUAUCAGGGCUGCAUCCAAUAGAUAAAUUAAAGAGCUAAGACAGUGAUUUAUUGUAAGAGGAAAUCAAUCCCGAGGCUUUCUCCGGUGCUUGGGUUUCAUUUUUGAAGCAUUUUGUUGUUUGGGGUGGGG